AUGGCAGAAGGAACUCGAAGUGCAGUAAAACAAAAUGUGAUGGAUGAAUGCUUGAACCGAUUGGCAAGGCAUGAAGAGCAGUUCACUUCAUUCGGUCACCUGUUACAAGAAAUGAACAUGAAGUUAACAUUGCUGGAGGCGAAAUUAGAUCAAGGACAGAAACAAAAGACGAAGGUGGAAGGAACGACGAACGAAGGGUUAGGAAGUUUUUUUGGAAAUAAUGCAUUAAAGUCAGUUAAGCUUACCAUUCCUCGGUUUGCUGGUGGGAACCCCGAACCUUGGAUCCAUAAAAUCCAACAGUUCUAUGGGUUUCAUAAUCUCACAGAUCCCGAGAAAUUCACUCUGACCUCCUUUCACAUGGAUGGCAGUGCUGAAGAGUGGUACCACUGGAUGGAUCGUAAUGGAAGAUUGAGAACAUGGGAUCAAUUUGUAGGCGCCUUACGCGCCCGAUUUGGACCUUCCAGGUAUAGGGAUUUACGGGGAGAACUUGGCAGAUUGACACAAGUAACUACUGUAGCAGAUUACCAAUCUCAGUUUGAGAAGCUCGCAAAUCAGGUGAUGGGAAUUGACGAUGUGAGCCUCCAAAGUUAUUUUGAAUCUGGUCUGAAAUCUGAGAUCCGCAAGGAGGUACGCAUGCACUUACCUGCCAGUUUGGAGCAAGCCAUUGAUUUAGCUAAAAUUGUUGAAGACAAACUCAAUGAUAAAAGUACAGGGAGGACUUACUACAACCGUGCUUAUACUGGUCCAAGUAAUCCUUCCCAACCAGGGUUAUUGCCCACACCUCUAGCUCCACCCAAGCUUGCCAUUACAGGCUCAGGAAACAAUAAAACCAAUAUUCCAAUCAAACGGUUGACUGCAGCAGAGAUGAUGGAGAGAAGAGAGAAGGGCUUGUGCUACUAUUGCAAUGAGAAAUUCAACCGAACUCACGUAUGCAAGUCCAAAAUGUUCAUCAUGCUGGUACAAGAUGAGGACAAUGAGGCACCUGACAAGAAUGGAGGAGAUGAAUUAAUUAUGGAUAUGAGUACUGAGAAGAUGGAAGGAGAAAUUCAAAGCAUGCCCGAAAUUAACUUACAUGCUAUGGCAGGACAACAUUCCACCAGUACAUUGCGAAUUCAAGGGAGGAUUGGCAAUACUCAUGUGCAGAUUCUGGUUGAUGGCGGUUCAACCCACAAUUUUAUACAGGCUCGCUUGGUGAAGUUUCUGGGAUUGGACAACAUCCCUACACAGAAAUUUCAAGUAUUAGUGGGCAAUGGAGAAGUCAUGGACUGCUUAGGAGUAUGUUCACAGGUUGAGAUAGAGAUACAGGGACAUCACUUCCGACCAGACCUGUAUGUCCUACCCCUUCAGGGUGCUGAGGUUGUUUUGGGAGUCCAGUGGCUAUCAGAAUGGGGUGACAUUACAAUAAACUACCGCGACCUGGUCAUGAGAUUUGAAAGGGAAGGCCAGCAGGUGGAAUUACAGGGAGCCCACAACCUUACUAUGGAAGCAAUUCAGCUGCAUCAGCUUCGCAAAUUGCAAUCCUCCAACUCUGUGGCUUGUUUAUAUCAAUUACACGCCAUAACCCACAGCACUGAAUGCCAGUCAGCAGCAAUAAUCAAACAUGACAGCCGUGUGCAACAGGUAUUACAAGACUUUGAAGAGGUGUUUGCUAAGCCCACAACCUUGCCUCCCUUUCGUCAGGAGGACCAUCAAAUCCACCUGGAACCUGGAACAAAAGCAGUCAGUGUCAGACCGUAUAGAUACCCACAUUUUCAGAAAACAGAAAUAGAGAAAAUGGUGAAAGAGAUGUUAUCCUCAGGGGUGAUUCGCCCUAGCUUAAGCCCUUUUUCAUCUCCGGCACUCUUGGUCAAAAAGAAAGAUGGAACCUGGAGGUUUUGCGUCGACUAUCGAGCCCUCAACUAG